UUUGGGUUUCAUUGAGCAAUGCACUAAUAGAGUCAACGUAGGCAAACAGCUGCCACCCUCACCAUGAAAAUAGAAGGUGCCUCGGUGGUCCUUGCUUUGGCGUUUUUCUGCUUCUUCUCAGAUGUUGCCAGCCAAGCUUCGAUUAAGAAUGAGUGCAUGAAAAUUUGGUCACUUCUGCGUAGCGGGAAGUUUUCCUGUCCCACCAACAAGGAGCCAGUCAGCAGUCCAGAUGGCAAAGCAGACCUCAACAAGUGCCUGAUGUGCCAAAGGCUGCUGGAAAGAGACUCAAAAGGGAGUGGUGGAGAGGUGAACAGGAAUGUGGACUCCCUGGGAGAGGAUGAAUGCCAAGAGUUUCGGGAUCUUUUUGAGAGAGGGAGACUUUCCUGCACCAGAGAAAAUGACCCUGUCCGCGAUUCCUCUGGGAAGCAACACAGCAAUAAAUGCAUCAUGUGUGCAGAGAAGUUCAAAAGGGAGAAUGGGCAGAAGGUAUCUAAGAACAGACAAGGAAAUAAUGAGGACGACUGCAGUGAGUAUCGCCCCCAGUUUGAAGCUGGUGGACGACUGUCCUGCACGAGGGAGAAUGACCCUGUUCGGGAUUCCUCUGGCAAGCAGCACACCAACAAAUGUCUCAUGUGUGCUGACAAGUUCAAAAAGGAAGCCCAAAGAGGAGGUCAGUCUGGUGGAACGGGUCAGCGCAACAAACCACCCACUUCAAAGAAUACAAACCAGAAGAACUGUGGUGGUUCAGGGUCACAGCGGGGUGUGAAUGAGAGGCGUCCCUUCUCCUCAAACAGAGGCCCACAAGGAAACACAGCUCAGGGUGGCAGGAACCGUAACCCGGCACGUGGCCGUGAGGCGCAGAGCGGAGACACUGACAUCUACCAGAUGGUAAACUCACCUUCUGCAUCUUGGAUGGCAGCUGCAUGGGCAGAACUGGACUGUGAUCGAAUUCUGCACGGGGUAAAGGGUGGAAGGAUUUUCUGCAGCAAAUCCUCAGAACCAGUCUGUGGCACUGAUGGGAAAACAUACAAAAAUGAAUGUGACUUGUGUUCAGCUGCCAUGAGAGCUUCAAGCUACAUCACGAUAAACUAUCGAGGUGAAUGCCGAAAGCCUGCCCCUGAAGUGAACUAAUGGAAUUCAGACUGCUGACAAACACUUGGAACCAGCUGUGACCAAAGGGCAAGAAAAGGAAGAGUUGAUGUUGAGCAUCAAGAGAGCUGCUGAGUCUUUAGGACUGCCAGAGCUGCCUUCAUCCCUUUCUGCAGUGAACGGGGGCCGUCCUUGCUCAGGUGGAGGGUGAAGGGCUGUGGGGACCCAGCAGAGUCUUCCCAGGUCUACCCCACGCGUGCUGUUGCAGUCUCUGCCACCUCGCUGUGUCUUAGUGUGCUUCUAAAAUAAAGAUAACUCAGCAGCUUCAUGUGGCUUUUCUUCACUAAGCUUCACAGGAUGGACACGUGUCCCCACUUGGUGUCUCACACUGUGUGCCCCUUAGACAGUAAGCAAGUACAGAGGUCCCUGGGGUGCACCAGCGGUACAACUUCAUCCAGUGAAGUUGUUAGACCCGAGGAGGAAAAGCAUAGUCUGGGGUUUUGUCAGGAGGGACCAAGGGUCAGACUCUCUCUGCCUUGUUAUGGGGUCUUGGGUCAAUCACUUCACCACCCUUUCAGCCCUUUUCUCUUGCCUGUAAAUGGACAUUAAAAGAUACUUACCUACCUCAGAGGGUUGUUUUGAGAUUUAAUUGGUUUACAUUUGGAAACCCACAGAGGAAAAUUGGUUUUUAAAGCACUCCAUCUAUUGAGCUGGCAGUUU